AUGUCAAAUCGCAAUCAGAUAGACUCCGUCAUUGACGACGAUGAUGAGUUCUGCCCACUCUGCAUCGAAGAAUUUGAUCUUUCAGACAAAAACUUCAAGCCUUGUCCUUGCGGCUAUCAGAUCUGUCAGUUUUGUUAUAAUAAUAUCAAAACUCAUAGCGAAGAAGGCCGAUGUCCCAACUGCAGACGUGUUUACGAUGAAAGCACUAUUCAGUAUAAAGUGCCCGAUGCAGAUGAGUUCAAAGCCGAUUUGGCACUGAAGCAUCGAAAAGCGGCCGCCGCGAAGAAAAAGGAAGCGGAAAAACGAGAGAUCGAGGCUUCCAGUCGAAAGAACCUUGCUGGUGUUAGAGUUGUUCAAAAGAACCUUGUCUACGUUAUUGGUUUAAAUCCCACGAUUCGGGACGAAGGACAACUUUUACAGACGUUGCGUGGCCCGGAGUAUUUUGGCCAAUAUGGCGAAAUUGAUAAAAUCGUCGUCAGCAAAGCUAAACCAGGCGGUAACCCCAACCAGGGAAUUGGCGUCUACGUGACAUUCUCGCGAAAAGCUGAUGCAGCUAGCUGCAUCGCCGCUGUGGAUGGUUCGACAAACGGCGAUAGACUUCUCAGAGCGCAAUACGGAACAACUAAAUACUGCUCGUCUUUCCUCCGAAACGAACAGUGCAAUAACCGAAAUUGUACAUUCCUUCACGAAACCGGUGACGAUAAUGAAAGCUACAGCAGGCAAGAUUUGUCUUCGAUGAAUACUGCGCAAAGACCACAUUACACAAACGGUGCGACAACUGCUGGCAGUCGACCUUUCACUCAACCUCUGCAAUCUCAACCCAUGCGUAGACAGGGCAGCAAGGACGAAGGCGCAAAACCCCUCCCAGACGGCCCUGCUCUUCCGUCGUCUGCAAGUUGGGCAAACAAGGACGCACCUAUCAAUCGUGCUAGACGGCUCAGUGCUGGUAGCCGCUCAUCACCAAGCCCGAAACCUGCAAAUGUCCCCCUGGCCAAAAGUGAAGAACUUAAGAAGAACUUCCCCACCGCUCAAGAAUCACGGAAGUCUACUCCUGCUCCCCCUCCCGCUCCCGCUCCUGCCCCCCCAACCCCAGCCCCCGCUCCGGCUACAGCUGUUGCACCGACUCAAGCGCCUUCUGAAAGCCCGCCUUCGGCCAAACCGGCACCAGUCAAGGAUACCCUGUUAGAGUCGCUUCUCAAUGCGGUUAACUCCCCGACAUUUCGCUUCGUAUUUUCGACCGAUGGUUUGUCAGAUGAUGAUCUGAAGUACAUAGAAAAUGGUCCGUCGUUGAUUGAUCCAUAUGGUGGGGCAAAGCGCCGAGCGAUGCGAGAAAAAGUCGAGCAGGAGCGUGCCAAAGAAGAGGCUGAAACUCAAUCAUUGUUACAAUCAGUCGCAGCGGACGACGAAAAUCGAGAGAGUGGUAGCCUGCAGCUGGGUGGCGAACCGGACGAUGUGCAUCCAUCAAGAAGUGCAGUCUCUCGUAAUCGCGAUACCCACGGUGCGAUUCAACCUCCUUCCCAACAAACCACGAAUGCCAAUUCAUUAAUUGGUUCUCCUGUGUCUAUCUCUCAUCAAUUCCACAAUCUGAACAUGAACAAUCGGAGUUUGACUCCUCUUCAGCAACAACAACUUAUGCUUCUGAAAUCAGGUACCGGCCAGCAAGCUGGGCUUGUGGAUUCUUUGAAUCCUGGGUUUGACCAAACUUCUCAGUCUCGAUCAGGUCUGUUCCAAGGCGGCAUUUCUCAAGCAGGGACAUCCAAUACAAGGCUAUUUGGUCAACAAAACCUCAUGCAGACCGGAAACCCUGGUCAACUUGCCGCUCCUGCUCCUCAACAAGGUCCAUUCUACACCAGCAGCGUCCAAGGGCCCCCUCCGGGUCUGAAGACGGCCGGUACUCCUCCUAUCAGCGGUGGCGGCAUGUUUGCACAGGGUCACGGCUUUACUUCAAACACGAAUCUUGGACUUGGUUCGAAUGUCGGAAAGCAAGAGGCGAAUCCAGACCUUAUGCGCGAAUUACUUCGUGGUCGUGGUGUAUCAGCUGGAACAGGUGGAUUACAAGGUCAUGAAUCUGCUAAGCGUGAGUUCUUACUCCCCUUCAUUCAACAGCACCAUACCCCCCCUCCCCUGACUCCCGCUACUGGCCUUCUCAGUGCAUUCUAUGGAUCCCAAAACGGUGCUCUCUCCGAUUUUGGAUCACAGAAGCAAAAGAAGAAGGGGAAGAAGCACAGACACGCUAACACUUCCUCCGGUGGAGGCGGUGUAGUAGAUCUUGCGGACCCGAGCAUUCUGCAGGCGAGAAUGCAUCAAGUCGGUGUUGGUUCGACUGGGCAAGUGCUGUACGGAAGUCAGGGGCAAGUCGACGAUGAAGAAUUCCCCCCUCUGAAUGUUAGACCAAAGAGCAGACUGGAACAUGCAUUUAGACCGACAUUGACCCAAGAGUCACGAGAGCAUUCUCGUUCUGGCACCCCGUCUCUGCCUCCUGGGCUUCCACUUCCACACGGCCAUCCACCGGCAGCUUUCUUCUCAGAUAAAAAAGAUUUGGAGAGCCCAGAGUUCUCUAUCAGUCUUCCUUCUCACGGCCCUCCCGGUCUUCCGGCAUCUCGACGUGGGACUCCGUUGCAAAAGUCAUUGGAUAGUGUCUCUCGACGACAGACACCAACGGUUCCAGAUGCCUCUGAUGAAAAUGUGCAGGUUGAGAAGACUCGGAACUUUGGAGAUAUCUCAUUAGGCUCUCCCAAGGCACGAUCGGCGAGAAAGCCCAAUGUCACAGCACCACCAGAGCAGCCGGCUAAUAGCAAACCACCAGUAGCUAAAGGUUCCCAGAGCAAAAAGCCCAAGCCUAUUAAGCUUGAUCUUUCUAUGCCGUUGGAAGAGUUGGCAACCGCGUCACCUGUAAAGGAAAGCCCUGCUUCUAGCAGCGCUGUUCCUGCGAACUUGGCACAAUCAAGCGUUGCGGCCAACUCACGACCGGGCACGCCGCAGACUGGAAUCUCACGAAAUUCCGAUUCCUCUGGACCGCGUCAGCCAAGAGUCCUCCGACUUGUAGACACGCCAAAGACAGAGACACCACCUCCACCCUCGGCAGUGCCGUCAUUGUCCUCAGUUGUUCAGGCAAAAGUCCGCUCUAGACGCCCAAGUGUUUCCUCAGUGGACCGACCUGACACGCCUGGCGAUGUGGGUUCUGACUUCGAGCUUACUACAUCCGCAUCUGUAUCACGGCCAAAUUCGCCACCUCCCAGCAAAAUAGGUUCCGCUCCUGUUCGUGCCAUGACAAAGAACCAAGCCAAGAAAGAGCGGAGAAUGAAGGCAAAGCAGGCAGAGGAAGCCAUCAAAGAAGAGGUAGCGACAGCCAUUGCUGAGGAACCUGUCCAAGCUCCGAUUCUCGGUCGCAAACGCAAGACUAAGAAGCCGCCUACUACUCCUUCUGAGCCGGCUGCUUCUACCAAGGAACCUUCUGAUGCUGAGAAUAUUGCUACGCAAAAGACAGAAGUGAACGCUGAUGUAGGCAUUCAGAAACCGAAAGUCUCGCCAGAAAAAGUCCCAGAUGUCAGCAAGCCCGCGCCGGAAGUGGAUGCGGCUGAGCCUUCGGUCGACGAACCAUGGAGGGCGAACAACACUAUUGCGCAGUUGAUUGAGGACGCCAAAGCUACGGGUACUUCAAUCAAGGAUCUGUUCCUGGAACGAACAGGGCCUCUUCAUGUCCUGUUGGCUCAAAUGCAAAGUAAAGGUGACAUUGAUCUCAACAGUCAUCCACUUUUCAACCCCCCGCCCCUCAACCAGCGCACCGACAUGAAGUGUGAGGCAGAUGACUAUGAGUUCUUCAAGCUGCCCUUGUACAUUUCAGAAGAGAACAAGAAGAUCUUGCUUAGCGGCCAGCCACUCCGAAUCAAUCAUGGCGUUGACAACUUGAAGGUUCGCUGCAUGAUCACGCCUAAGGGUCGCGUGUUGCGCCAUCUGUCUGACGAAGAAGAAGACCGCUAUCUUGAGUUGGAAAAUCAUGUGGACGCCGGUACUUGGGGUGAAUAUCCUUCGACAAGCGUUCCGGGUUUGGAUACGACUAAUAUGAACGGAGGACUUGAUGCGCUAUUCUUGACUCCGGGACGGUUUGGUGUCGCUCUUUCUGAACCACCAAGUCCCAGGAUGUCACUUGCUGCUGGUGGAGCAGUUGUCAGCGCUGAAGACCAGUUUGCACUAGAUCCUCCAUCCGAAUCUGGUCCAACCAUGGGCGAGGCCGAUCACCCCCAUAAACUCCCCGAGUCGGCUAGAUAUCCUCCCAUCAUUCCCGAAAUGGACAAUGUAUUCGGUAUGUCGAAUAAGGAACUGCGCACUUUUAUUGAACAGUCGCAGCGAGAGUUGGAAAGUUCUCGGAAGGAAUUUGAUGCUAUUGACAAGAAACUGGCGGCACUGGUGAAGCGAAACAAAAAGCUCGCUCAGCAGGCUCUCAGUUCUGUUGUUGAAGUUGGGAAAUAG